AUGAUUAUUCCUGGUUCUGCGAUAAAAGAGUUAGAUUGGUGGUUAAAUCACUUACCAAAGGCGUCUAACUCUAUUCGCAUCAAUUCUUUCUGUUUAGAAAUUUUCUCUGACGCAUCCUUGACAGGUUGGGGCAUUUAUCAAAAAGAUGCUUUAAGCAGCUAUGGUCUUUGGUCGGAGUCUGAAGUACACUUCCACAUAAACUAUUUAGAGUUGUUGGCGUUAUUUUUUGGAUUAAGAUGUUACGCGAAACAUCUUAAAAAUUGUAAUAUUUUAUGUAGGGUGGAUAAUACUACGGCCUUGGCUUAUGUUAAUCGUAUGGGAAGUGUUCAGCACCCUAAGUUAAAUGCUCUGGCUAGGCAAAUAUGGCAAUGGUGUGAGCAGAGGAAUAUUUUUAUUCGUGCGUCAUACAUCCCUUCACGUGAUAAUGUCGAGGCCGAUAUGGCCUCUCGACAAUUAAAAAUAGAAACGGAAUGGAGCCUGUCUGAUAUCGCUUUUCGAAAAAUUGGGGAAACUUUUGGUUUUCCAUCAAUCGACCUUUUCGCUAGUAGGAUAAAUAGAAAAUGCAAAAAGUUCGUUUCUUGGUUGAGAGAUCCAGAGGCUAUCAUUGUCGAUGCCUUCACAAUUUGUUGGCAUGACCUUAAUUUUUAUGCGUUCCCGCCUUUUUCAUUGCUGCCAAAGGUCUUGCAAAAGAUUGUUUGUGAUAAGGCGGAAGGUAUUGUUGUCGCACCCCUCUGGAUCUCUCAGCCAUGGUAUCCUCUAUUUUUAUCCUUGCUAAAUUCCCCACCCAUUAUCCAAAGUCCUUUCCCUGGUGGUCGGGAGGUUGUCGUGGAAGCGCUCAGGAUGAGGAAGGUUCCAGCCCAGUCCAUGGAUAUUUGUGUUUCUUCUGUUACGGGGGCGACAUUAAAACAAUAUUCGUCGGCAUUAAAAACUUGGUGGGAGUUCUGCCAGUUAAAGGGAUGGGAUCCAUACAUGGUAACGGUAUCGAACGUUUUAGUUUUUUUGUCUGAACAGUUUGAUAAAGGAGCUUCCUUUAGCCUCUUAAAUACGUAUAGAUCAGCCAUUGCACAAAUUGCUGAUCCUGGUUUAAGUCAGGAUUUUCGUUUAAAACGAUUUUUUAAAGGGGUUUUUGGUCUUAGACCAGCCCUUCCAAAAUAUCAGUUUUCUUGGGAUCCUUCGCAAGUUUUGAGUUAUGUCCGUAAUUUGGAUAAUGAUUUAAUUUCUUUGGAGGAUCUUUCGAAAAAAUGUUGCAUUCUUUUAGCGUUAGCUACGGGCCAGCGUAUUCAGACCCUAUUUAGUAUAGAACUUUCUAAUAUUGAAAUUUCUAACAAUCAAAUUAAUAUUAAAAUUCCGUCUCGUUUAAAAACCUCUUCUUAUAACAGGCAUCAGCCUAUACUGAUUAUUCCAUUUUUUGACAGUGAUCCUAAUGUUUGUGUGGCAAAAACAAUGAUUUCUUAUCUGGAAAGAACCCGCGUUUUGAGAGGAUCGUGUCAACAGUUAUUCAUCACUUUUAAAAAACCCUACCAUAGGGCUACCAGACAGACAUUAGGAAGGUGGUUAAAAUGUAUUAUGAAAUCUAGUGGUAUAGAUACUAACACCUUUUCCGCGCAUAGCACCCGUCAUGCGGCCACUUCAGCCGCAGCUAGAAAGGGUGUUAAUUUCGAUACCAUAAGAUUAGCCGCGGGAUGGUCUGAACAGUCAAGAGCAUUCGCUAUGUUUUAUGACAGACCAUUAGCUCCUGAGGGCUCGUUUGCUAGGGCAGUUUUUAGCUCAUAA